AUGUCAAUGUCAAGACUCGCUCGCCUCAAGCACGUCCGAUCGCUCUCCACCUCGUCGCAUUCGCAGCUCGACCACCACGGGACGGCGAGCGAGAUCGCCGCCAUCCUCCAUCACCGUGACUGGGAGCUCCUCCUUCGUUCCUCCGACCUUCCCCAGAGGCUCAAUCCCGACGUGGUGCUCUCCGUGCUUCGCCAGAACCAGGUACGCGACCCCAAACGCCUCCUCAGCUUCUUCCGCUGGUCCGAUUCCUUCCUGGGUGGGCCCCAGAACUUGCAUUCCUUCUCCAUUAUCGCCGUCGUUCUCUGCGAUUCCAUGCUCUUUCCUCUCGCCGAUGGCGUCGCCCACCGUAUGAUCGAUACUGGGGCGCCGGUGUCCCAGAUAUUAGACUCUUUGCUCUGCAGUCACCGUCAAUUCAGUAGAGGUCACGACGUUGCGGUUUUUGAGGUUGCCAUCAGUGUUUACAAAAGGAGAGGGCUUUUGAGCGAAGCUUGCUCCGUUUUUUUGGGUGCCAAGGAUGGUGGGCUCGUGCCUAGUUUAGUGUGUUGCAAUACGCUCCUCAAGGAUUUGUGCAAGGCCAAUAGAAUGCCCCUGUUUUGGAAGGUUUACGGAGGCAUGUUGGAGGCCGGUGUUGUUCCUGACGCUUACACCUAUACCAGUCUCAUCACUGCUUACUUCAAGGUGGGCGAUGCUGAGGGGGCUAAACAGGUGCUUUCUGACAUGAAGAAGAAGGGAUGUGCCCCCAAUUUAGUUACUUUCAACGUAAUGAUCGGAGGACUGUGCAGAUCUGGGCUCCUAGAUGACGGUUUAAGUUUGCUCAAGGCAAUGCCUGGCCAGGGUUUUACACCCGAUCGAUAUACUUACACCAUACUCAUCGAUGGCUUUUGUAAGCACAGGAGGUCGAGAGAGGCAAAAGCAUUACUUGACGAAAUGUUCGAUAUUGGAUUAAAUCCUGAACAAAUUACCUACACAGCGUUGCUGGAUGGGUUCAUGAAAGAAGGUGAUGUCGAUGAGGCUUUCAGAAUCAAAGAUUUGAUGGUUGACCGUGGUCUAAAGUUGAAGGUUCCCACAUACAACGUACUCAUCGCCGGUCUUUGUAGGAUUGGUGACAUGGAGAAGGCUAAUACUCUGCUCAAAGAGAUGACUGUCGUGGGCACAAGCCCUGACACUCAGAGCUAUAAUCCACUAAUAGAGGAAUACUGUAGGAAGCAAGACAUGGUUAAGACUCGUGAGAUGUUGAUUGAGAUGAAAAGUAGAAACUUGCUACCCUCAGUUUACACCUAUGCCGUGAUAAUAAAGGGCCUAUGCCUCAGUGGACAUCUCCAAGCGGCUAACAGCCUUUUGGAUGAGAUGAUUAGUGCAAAUGUAAAACCAAACGCAAUUAUUUACACGACUCUAAUCAAGGGCCACAUCCAACAAAAUAAAUUUGAAGAUGCAAAGAAAAUUUUUGAGGAAAUGAAGAGGAGAGGGAUUUUACCUGAUGUUUUUUGCUAUAAUUCUCUUAUCAUGGGGCUCUGCAAAGCCAACAAGAUGGAAGAAGCAAGGCUAUACUUAGUUGAAAUGUCGGAGAAGGGGUUCAAGCCUAAUGAAUAUACUUAUGGGUCUUUCAUCAGUGGGUAUUGUAAGGCAGCGGAUAUGCUGGCAGCUGGCAGAUUCUUCAUGGAGAUGAUAGACUGCGGUGUAGUACCAAAUGGUGUCAUCUGCACGACUCUUAUUGAUGGUCAUUGUAAAGGAGGUGACGUCGGAGAAGCAUUCACAGUUGUUAAGGUCAUGCUCGAGCGGCAAGUGCUCCCAGAUGUGCAGAUUUACGGACUGUUGAUCCAAGGACUUUCAAAGAACGGGAAACUAAAAGAAGCAAUGGAGGUUUUUUCUGAACUCCAGGAAAAGGGCCUAGUGGCUGAUAUUUUUACUUACAAUUCUGUUAUAUCUUGUUUGUCCAAACUGGGUAAACUAGCAGAUGCUUGUCAACUCCUCGAGGAUAUGGGUCAAAGAUGUGUCAAUCCUAACAUUGUCACUUACAAUACCUUGAUUAAUGGUCUUUGUAAGUUAGGAGACGUUGUUGGAGCUAGGAAGCUGUUUGAUGGAAUUUCAGCUAGAGGCUUGGCUCCUAAUAGAGUGACGUACGCUACAAUCAUAGAUGGAUACUGUAAGUCUGGCAAUUUAGGUGAGGCAUCCCAUUUGUUUGAUGAGAUGCUAUCUGUGGGAGUUGAACCUGAUAGCUUUGUUUAUUCUGCCCUUAUCAAUGGUUGCUUCAAAGAAGGCAAUGUAAAGAAGGCUCUUUCUUUGUUUAAUGAUAUGGUGAACAAAGGCUUUGCAUCUACUGUUUCUUUCAACGCUGUAAUUGAUGGCUUCAGCAAGUUGGGAAAGCUGAGUGAAGCUGAGAAUUUGGUGGAAGUUAUGGUUGAUAGGCACAUUGCACCUAAUCAUGUGACCUAUACCAUUCUCAUUGAUUAUUUUUGUAAGGCAGGAAUGGUAAGUAAAGCAGAGGAUCUCUUUGUCAAGAUGCAACAGCAGAAUCUGACACCAAAUGUCGUGACUUAUACUUCGCUAAUAAAUGGUCAGAGCAGAGCUGGGAACAGACUCAAAGCAUUCGCUGCUUUUGAGGAGAUGGUGGGCCGAGGGAUUGAGCCUGAUGAAGUAAUCUAUUCGGUGAUGGUUGAUGCUUAUUGCAAGGAAGGUGACUUGACAAAAGCUAUUGAGCUUGUUGAUGAAUUGCUUGUCAAGGGCUUUUCCAUGAGUGAAGAUGUCUAUAAUGAUCUUCUGGCUACAUUGUGUGGAAAAGUAAGUUUUCCGGAAAUUCUGACGGUACUCGAUAAGAUAGGAGAGCGCAAGCCUAAGCUAAGUGUGACUACAUGUAGUACUUUAGUCUGUGGAUUUGCCAAAGCAGGCAGUAUGGAAAAAGCAGAAAAGAUUCUGGAAAGUGCAGUUAGGCUUGGAUGGUUACCAGUGUCCACUGUUUUAAGUGAUUUUUAUAAGGGUCAAAUUGGUGGCCACAAGAAUGACCCGGGGAACUUCUUUAAAGAAGAAGAGAUGAAAGUCGCUUCUCAGGCUUCAACUUGAUAUCGAUAAACUUUAUAAGUUUCAAGUAAUUAACCACUCAAUGGUUAAGAAGGCCCUGGAUAUGCGUGUCAUCGCUCUUUGAGAUGUUUAUUGUUUAUUACACGCGGCAUUCUUCCUCAGAGAACUGCGAGAAAUUUUGGAACCAAAACGACAUAAUAAUGCCCAAAGAGGAGUAUGUGCAUCCCUUCCCAGUUAUAUACUAGACGAAUGUUCUGAUGCCAUGGUACUAGUCAUAAAGGUUGCCAGUGGAGUUCUUUUCUUCAUGCUGCCUCCAAAAUGUAAGUGAGCAAUGGAAGGGAACUGGAGGUGACUUAAUUUCAACUUUCACUCAAAUGUGAUAUGAUUCCAUCUGGCUGAUUUUCAUGACCGCAAUUGUCAAAAUAAGUGCUUUUCAUCGACUCGGAAGACAUUAGGGACUCACUUGCAGUGGAAUUGGAAAUAACAGAUAGAGUGGUCUUAGCAGUGGUAGAUGUGGAAACAAUGGAUAUACCAGUAAGCUUGUGAUUAUGUGGGCUCACUCAAUGGUUGCUGUCAGUUUAGCACUACAGCCAUUUCAAUUUGUGUCCCCGAUGCAAUUGUUAUUUCUCGAGAUUCAACUACACUCCUUUGCUCCCAAAUGACAACCAUGCUCAAGUUGGCAUAACUACGCCGUCCCGUUAAUUUUAAUUGAGGCGCUAGGUUCAUGUCCAUGUGGUAAUUGUGACGGGGAGUGUAUCUCUCUUAAUGAAAAAUAAAAGUUGUCAGUUCUUUAAACGUGUCAUCUUGUAGUAUUAUAUGAAUAGUAAUAGUGUAUUGUCUUUUUGGCAUAA